GAGCGGCGCCCCAGAGCCGCGGCGCGCCGCUUCCUGCCGCUAUAAAUAGCCGCCCGGCCCAACAUGUCCCGGCCGCCGCAGCGGCUGCAGCGCCGCGGGACCCGCCGCGCCCUCCCGUCACGGAGCGCGACUGCUCUGUCUCGGGCUGGACGCGUUCCUCCUGCCUCCCGAAGCCGUGCUGGCAGGCUGGGAUCCCUCCCCGCUUCCCCUCUGGUUCCCGCUUCCCCCGGGUUGGGUCCGUGCCCGCGGUCCUGCUCUGUGGGCGCAGCUCGGGCCGUGCCGCUGCCCGGGCCGUCCUUGCCCGGCUGUGCAGCCCCGGCUGUGCAAUCCUGCCUGGCUGUCAGGGUGGGCACAGCCACGCUGGGGCCGUGUCACGCACCGGGGCCGUGUCACGCACCGCCGCCUGCACGCGUGGCACCCACGCCCAUCGUUAUGUUGGUCACACACGCAGGUGUCCGUGUUGCAGCCUCCCUCAAGGGCUUCCAUCUGCAGCCAAUGUCGAGGUGGACCGUGUAGUUAGGCUUUACGGUGGAGUCAGCAAAGCAGGUCUCUGCCUUCUCGAGCUGGCUCCCGGGGGCUUUUUGCAAGGAGUCAACUUAGUGAACCUCAAGUAACCAAUCUUCGAGUUUUAACUUGUUUUGCACUUUGUUUGCCUCUGCUGCUCUGAUGGCUGUGUUUCAUUUUCUAAUGAGCACCUUCUGGAGUGCAGGGCUAUGUGCCUUCUCAGAGAGGAGGUGUUCCUCAGCUACCUUGUAGCCUGUUGGAGUGGCCUCUAGAACCAAGUGAUAACAGCCCUUGUGUCUGGCACCAAGGUGUGCGUGUUCAGGAGCCCGCCGUGAGCUACUUCUAAAUUACUCCUUUACUCCUGAAGUGCACUCUCGGUGUCAGGGCUGUAAUAACCAGCUGCUCUCAGUUUUGAUCUCCAGAGAAAGGGCAGUGUGUUUCGCUUCUCAUUCACACGCUUUUAAACUCUGUCAACCUUCCCUCUGUUUCUUCUGUCCACUAGCUCUUCCAAGCCCAAUUUGGGAGGACGGUGCAGAGACCCUGGAGGCCACAUAAAAAAGACAAAGUCCUCUGGGAGCCUUGCCCUCAGUGCAGGCAGGAGCCAUGGCAGUGCUGCUCUGGCAGUGGAGUUUACCAAGUGCUGCGAAGCACGAGGCAAGCUGAGCUGGCAUGUACCUUCCCCUCUGCUGUGAGGGGAAGGAGCAGAUGAGGAGGAAAUACAGCUGUUCCAGAGCACUUCUGCCCUCUGUCCAGCCAGAGCACGUGAGGGGGAGACAGAUGCAGAAAGGGACUUUCAGGAAGAGAGUAUGGGAGGGUGGGGAGGGGCAAGGGGAGGAGAGGAAAGCUACAAAUGGAGAGGAAAAGCUCUUUACGUUAUUUAAAGAUCUGUUUAGCUAGAGCGAGGGCAAAUAGCCUAAAAUUAUGAGAUUGUAUCUCUCGAGUCUCUGUUACUGUUUCUCCAGAAAGCACUGCUUUUUAUUGCUCACGUAUUAUGUGUGUCUUUCUGCCUCACUCUUCUAGGCUCUUCAGCAUCCUCUGACCUCAAGCUGAGCAGGACGUUGCCCUUAGCAUCUGCCUGUCAAAUGUGUAGUUCUCCGUGUUGUACAUGAAAUGAUUAUUCCCAUAGUUGGUUAGGGCAAGUUUCCGAGGAAUGUGAAGCAAGAGGCACGCCAGUUCCUGUGGCUGCCCUUGACUGGAGUGCAGCAUUUUGGGACAGGGGCUGUGCCUGGAGGCUGUGGUUAGUCUGUGUGUUAUCCUUGGCAGUUUAGGAUUCCUGCCUCUGCUCCUGUACCUCCCACCCUUCUCUUUCGUCUUAUUGCUGCUCACCUGUUCCUCUGCCUGUGCUGCAGCUGCUUCAGCCUCUCCCAGUUAUCUGUGGAGUUGUGCUGAAUAGCUCAGAAAUCUGAGUAAGGAGAAAAAGAGAGUGCAGCUAUUCCCUUCUCUAGAGAAGUCCCCUCACAACCCUGUGCUGACUCUCCCCUGCAUUCUGCUUUGAGAUCCCUCACCCCAACAAUUGGGAAUUAAAGCAGUUGAAGCUCUCUAGCUGUGUGCUAAUUACUGCUGCUGCAUUGCUAUUUCUUCUGAAAUUACACUUUUAACCUUCUCCAGGAUUAGUUUACUCUCUGAAUGGCAUCAGGUAGUAAGGUACUGUCUUCAGGGAUUGCUACAAGACCACUAAACCUUUUUUAUUUUUAAUGGAAAACCCAGUUACCUACCCCAGCAGGGUUUCACUGCUUUUACCUGUGUACUACAGUCAGAACUGAAAGUGUGUAUCUGAGCAAAGGUAUUGGCUAUGAAAGGAGCAAUUUCCCACCUGUGAUAACAGGAAUGACCUUUACAUCUGAUGACCUCCAGACCCUGAAAAGGCUACUGAGAAACACGAGCAAUGCUAAUCCCUUUGAGAAGGAGCAUGCUGCAAUGUUUAUCUCCAUUACCUACACUACAUAAAAUUCUAACAGCUAUUUAGUUUUCUUCCCUGUUUGUAUAGACACCCAUCUGCUUUGUAGGGAGAGAAGAGCAUAUGUUGGUGUUGUCUGGCAACUGUGACAUGACAGGAAGGCAUAGGCUUCCUUUGGAGCACAUAUAUUGUUGAUGGUGUACAUGUGCAAUUUAGCAAAAUAUCUUUGUGUAGCAGUUUUGAGGAAUGUUCUGUGCUUUUAGAUACCUUGAAUCUUCAUCUGGUUAAUGGACUUAUGUAUAGAAACCAUAUGAAGAGGAGCGGGUUUCUUUAAAGUUUAUGCUUUUGCCAAGGUAAACAUAUCUUAAUUAUGGCUUCUUCACAAUUAUGAAGUGUUACCAAAAUUCAAAUCUAAUUAAAUACUUUUGCAUCCUUUCU